GCUGGUUCACCCUAGAAUUGUCUGCCACCAAGCUUAUGUAACUAUCGCGGUACUUUGCUGCUAUCUGUGGCGUGAUUAAAGACCUUCCAAAUCGUUCUAUGGCUUAGAUUAUCCUCUAGUACUCGACUGUUGAUUGGCUCGCUCUGUCCGCUAUGCUCCGCUGUUGCCACAGAUAAUUUGCUCACGUGACCAUUUUCCUCCAACGGGCAAAGUGUCCUCCUUCCUUCACAGAACAUUUCGCCUUUUUGUUGCUUUUGGAGAUUCAACAAGAUCAACCUCACGCCCAGUUUUCGUUCAUUUCUUUUGAGGAGUCAUCUAUUUUCUUUCGCUAAGAACUUUCUAAUUUUUGGUUCUUCGUUAUUUCAUCUCAUACAUCAUGUCUGCUCAAGUGUAGGUUACUCCUUUUCCGUGUCUUGCGCUUCGCGCAGACAAGAUUAUUCUUCGCAACGAUCGAAAUGCUUACAUAUAUGAUAUAGUACCAACCUUGUCAUCAUCCUCGGGAUGAUGCAAGUUUCCAAGCGCAUUCCUUUCGAUAACCCUGAUGUGCUCCUCGGCGUUCGGGCUUUGUACCUUGUGUCCAACGUGAUCAUCUUGGGCAUUUACCUCUAUGUCCAGUCCAAGAUCAACAAAAAGAAGGACUUGACUACCUUGAAAUACGUUGAGCCUGCCCCCAUGGGCUCCGGUGAAGAACCUCGCCCCGUGACGACCACUGUCAUGGAGUAUGACAAGCAGCAGCUGCGCCAGUUGAUGCGCUCACAGCUCAUGGGCGUUGGCAUGAUGGCGGUCAUGCACCUGUACUUCAAGUACACCAACCCUCUGUUAAUCCAGUCCAUCCUCCCCGUCAAGAGUGCACUCGAGUCCAACUUGGUCAAAAUCCACGUCUUUGGCAAGCCGGCCACGGGCGAUCUUCAGCGCCCCUUCAAGGCUGCUGCCGGUUUCAUGGGUAUGGGACAGGGCGAGAUCAAGAGCGAUAAGGCUUCUAUCGAGAACGCAGAAAAGAACUGGCGGGGUGGUGUCAAGGAGGAAUAGACGACUUUCUGUUCUUUUCUCCAAUACUCGUUUUCCCUGCUUGCCGUUAGGAUACUUUGUGCUUUUGCAACGAUUCAUGGAUAUAGAGAUUCUGCCGGUCCGCAUAUGUACGAUGACGAAUCACCGUUUUGGAACAUGAAUAUAUAUAAUAUAAUAUUCAUUGCUGCAUGGC